GUAGCUCGAGAGAGUCUCUCGGGAGGCUGGAUUAGCCACAAGUUGUGGUGAACCAUGGUAAAAUUCGGUGUGCCUUUUACUCUUCUCUUUACUUCUCUUUUAAUUCUUUAAUUCCUGCGAUUUCUCCGAUCAAACGCUAUUCACCCCCCCUCUAGCGUUGGUCUAUUAUUCUAACAAUUGGUAUCAGAGCCUAACUCGCGUCCAAACUUAACCGUUUGAGAGUAAAGCGAUCAUGGGUUCUUCUUCUAGAAAUCUCUAUGCAGGAAUUGGAGAAGGUCAGUCUACGUCUAGGCCACCACUCUUUGAUGAAUUUGAUGCCGAGGACAUCAAAAAGGUGGUGAACUACGCCAAGGCUAUCAAUAUGCUGUACUGUGCCGUCAAUCCUGAUGAUUAUCGCAAGAUUUCUUGCUGCACCACUGCAAAAGAAAUGUGGGUCAAACUGGAGGUCACAUAUAAAGGUACGGACCAAGUUCGGGAAGCCAAAAUUGACUUCCUAACACAGGAGUACGAGAUGUUCAGGAUGAAGGAAGGCGAAAAGAUCGAUGACAUGUUCGAUCGGUUCUCAAAGAUCAUCAACGACCUUCAUGCACUCAAGAGGACUUACACCAACAAGGAUCUUGUGAGAAAAAUCCUGCGAAGUCUCACACCCGAAUGGAGAUCAAAGGCAGAUGCAAUGUAUGAAUCCAUCGGAGUCUCAAAUGUCACCAUCGACGGGCUAAGAGGUAAUCUCAAAACUUAUGAAUCUACUAUUCUAACCCCGUCUUUGGAUGAACAAAAGAAGAAGGGAAUAGCACUGAAAGCAACCAAGGAGACCGUGGAAGAUGACUCAAGCGAUGAUGACAACGAGUUCGGACUCGUCAUCAAGAAGUUCCACAAAUUCAUGAAGAAAGAAUUUGAAAGGAAAGGAAGAAAGCACGACGGGCCCCCGAAGUGCUAUGGUUGUGGUGAGAUAGGCCACAUCAAGCCAAGCAAGGCCUAUAGAGUCUUCAAUAAACGUACCUUGACUAUUGAGGAGUCUCCUCACGUUGUAUUUUCCGAAGAUAACCCUCGCUUGGCGAGAAAGGAUAUUUGUGAUGAUCUUGCAGAUUCAUUAGAGAGAAUACACGUUGAUGACGAUGAGGAGAACACGGGAAUUUACACCAAGACACAGCCACAAACUGAGGAAAUACCUCAAGAAACUAACCAAGGUGAUGAUGAAAGACAAGAGGAAGAAGAAGAACAAGAGGAACACGAAGAAGAAGAAGCAACCGAGCUUCCUAUUGCAUGGAGAACAAACAAGAACCAUCCGCUUGACCAGGGAUGGUUCGAAGUGAAGAAUUCUGGAAAUCAGGGGAAACCAGCGAUGGGUGGGCCAUACCAUCGCUGGGAGGGAAGUUUCCUUUUUUUCAGAACCCCUCUUCCCAUCGAUGGCAAAUUACACUCUUUCCAUCACUUUUUCGUAAGAAACGCUGUCAUGGCCGGAGGAAAGUCCCAGAGCAAGGCCUCCAAGAAGAAGACCUCCGCCGAGGCUACGACCUCUGCGCCUCAACCCUUCCCAUACCUGGACGGCUCGUUUCUUGAGUUCGGGUCGGAAGAGGAACUCACUCGCUUCAUCACCCACUUUGCCAAGCGCCCCAUCUCUCCGCCAAGAGUGCUGCCCGAGAUGUACCCUCAACAAAAGGGGUACCACGACCUCGACAAUCAAAUCAAAGAGUCGGGUCUGUGGCCGUUCGUCUCCAAAAGCCGUCAGUCCUACAAUCCCGCCUACGUCCGGGCCUUCUACUCCAAUCUCCGCCGGGACGGGGACACUAUUCGCAGUAGCAUCAAUCUCUUGGAUUUAGAGAUUGAUUUGGCUACCUUCGCUCGGGUCGCAGGGCUGCCCACUCGCGGUGACGACAUCUCAACCUAUGGCGGCGAUGCUUGGAUCCUCAACAACGAGGCGGUGGUCAUCCGAGAGCUUGGAAUCACCAACCUCGUCCGUCACAGCGGCGCACCAACCAUUCACUCAGCCCCGCCGGAAAAAGGCCUUCUGCUCUACAUCCUCACCCGGAUUCUCCGCCCCCGGGACGGUAGCCACACGUGUCUCUUCAACGAGGAUCUCAAGGCCAUUCAUGCUAUCACCCAUGGCGCCUCGAUCAAUUGGGCGAAAUACGUCAUAAUUCACAUGGCGGACUACGCCUCCAUCACCAACGAGCGGAGCUUGCCAUACGCCUUCCUCGUCAUGGAUCUCAUCGGUGCCUCCGACAUCCACAUCGCCGGCCCGGAUACAAAGAUGACGAAGCUUUGGAUCAUCCAAGACAGCACCUUCCGGAAGAAGUCCACCGAUACCCUGAAUCGGCUAACCGUCACCGUGGAUGGCAUGGGCCAGUACCUGGAGAGGAUGGACUGGUCGAUACAACGCCAACGCCACAACAUGAGGGCGUACUUCCCCGGCAUCAACUACAUCCCGCCGCCCUUUGACAGCACCAUCCUCGGCCAAAACUUUGAAGGCGAGGACGAGGAGGAUGACUCCUAUGCUCCGUCCUCCUCCCCCGACGAGGCCGACUUUGAGGACGCCGUCGACGGGGAUCCCAUGGACGUCGAGGACGACGAAGAAGACGAUGACGCUGAGGACGAGGACGCCGCUGCCUAGACUCUUCCUUCUUUUCCUUUCUUACUAUGAUUGUAUUUCUUUAAUUUCCAUUCCGUUGUAUUCUGCAUUUCCCUUUUUAAAGAAAUAAAAGUUCACUUUUAAAAUCUAGAGUUUACUUUUAAUUCUUUUUGUUAAUGUCAAAAGUGGGAAGAUAUCUACGUUAUGCAUAAAUUGAGGGGGAAUUU